AUGUAAGUAUAAAAGUAUUUGCUUCAUCUUCUUAUUACACUAUAUCUCCUCAUUUCUCUCUCCUCUAUUAUAUACUUCUAACAAAGACAAAGAGUUCUUCAACACCAACCCUAAAUCAAUUCUCUUAGUCAAACCCCCCCUUUCUCUCUCUACUUUCUCUCUCUACUUAACACUCUUCUAUGUCUAAUGAAGCAAGAAACUACUAUCAUAAUCCCUUUAAUAAUCACUCUUUCAUGUCUAAUGAAGAUCCUCAAGCUAUCUUAGACACUACUAAUUACUUCUCAUUUUGUGAUAACCCUAGCAAUAAUUCUUCUUCUUCUUACUUAUCAUCUCAAGUUACACAAGAUGGCCUUACACCUUGUUUAGAUCCAUCGAAUAAUGAUAAUAAUAACAAUUAUUACUUUAAUGACUUCCUACAUGGGUCUUCUAUGGAUUACCCUACGCUCGCGAGGAGCGUAGGGUUAUCUCCUACCUCCUCCGAAGUUUUUUCCUCCGUGGUCGACGAAAAUCCGGCAAUGACUAAAGAAAAAGAGGCAAUGAUGGCCGUCGUUGGACAUGGGGAGAAUAAUCCUAGCACUCCUAACUCUUCCAUUUCCUCCUCCUCUACGGAAGCCGCCGCUAGUGUCGAUGAUGGUUCAGUUGGGAAGAAAGAGGAUAAGCACCAAUCUAAAGCGUCUCAUGAUCAAGAUGAGUUAAAGAAAAGGAACAACAAAGGAAAGAAGAAGGGGGAGAAGAAGCAAAGGGAGGCGAGAUUCGCAUUCAUGACGAAGAGCGAGGUUGAUCAUCUUGAAGAUGGGUAUAGAUGGAGAAAAUAUGGGCAGAAAGCCGUGAAGAACAGUCCUUAUCCUAGGAGCUAUUAUAGGUGUACAACGCAGAAAUGCUCUGUGAAGAAGAGAGUGGAACGAUCAUUCCAAGACCCCUCGACCGUAAUCACAACCUACGAGGGUCAGCACAACCACCCAAUCCCUGCCACGUUGCGAGGUCACGCUGCAGCUCUUUUCCCUCAUUAUUCCAUGCUAGCACCACCACCACCACCACCAUCUUCCAACUUCCCGCACGAAUUACUUGCUCAACUAGGGCACUGUGGUAGUAUGAGUAGUGCUGGUGUUUCACCCUUUCCACAGUUCUCUUAUCUCCAACAAAAUCCUCGUCAUAAUAAUCAACAGUUGCAAACGGAUGAUUAUGGUCUUUUACAAGAUGUGGUUCCUCCCUUUCUCCUUAAGCAAGAGCCUUGAUUAGUUAUAAACUUGUUUUUAUUUACAAUGAGUUUAUACAUAUUACCAUUCCAGCUUAGCUAUUUAAUCUUUUGUUAUAGAGAAUCUUUUUGACUAAUUAAUUAUUUACCGUGUAAUUUUCAUUAACGACGAAUUAUACUCCGUAAUACACAUACCUCCGUUUUAUAAUGAUCUAGCUUGUACACGUUCCGUUUUAGUUUGUUCAUAACGUUCGUUACAUAAUGUAUUAUACUAUUUUUGGACAUGAAAGAAUAUUAUCU